AUGCCGCCGCCGAGUGGCCCCGGCGUCCUCGCGCGGCUGCUGCCGCUGCUGGGGCUGCUGCUCGGCGGCGCCUCCAGGGCUCCGGGCAAAUCGCCGCCCGAGCCCCCCAGCCCGCAGGAGGUCCAGAUCAAGGUGCAGGUGUAUGUAAGCGGGGAGCUGGUGCCUCUGGCCCGGGCCACAGUGGACGUGUUCGGGAACCGGACUCUGCUGGCCGCUGGCACCACAGACUCAGAGGGCGUGGCCAUACUUCCUCUCACUUACCGCCUGGGCACUUGGGUGCUGGUCACUGCAGCCCGCCCUGGCUUCCUCACCAACUCGGUGCCCUGGCGUGUUGACAAGCUGCCCUUGUAUGCAUCUGUCAGCCUCUACCUGCUCCCUGAGCGGCCAGCCACCCUCAUCCUCUAUAAGGACCUUGUGCACAUCCUCCUGGGCUCUCCUGGUGCCCGCUCUCAGCCCUGGGUUCAGUUCCAGCAUCCAGCUGCCCGCCUGCCUAUCGGCUCCAACUACAGCCAGCUCUGGGCCUCGCUCACACCCGCCAGCACCCCGCAGGAAAUGCGGGCUUUCCCUGCUUUCCUGGGCACUGAGGCCUCCAGCUCAGGCAAUGGCUCCUGGCUGGAGCUGCUGCCCUUAGCUGCGGUGAGUGUUCAUCUGCUGACAGGCAAUGGGACGGAGGUACCCCUCUCAGGCCCCUUCCACCUGUCCCUGCCAGUGCCCUCAGAGCCCCGUGCCCUUGCUGUGGGCACCAGCAUUCCAGCCUGGAGGUUCGACCCCAAGAGUGGACUGUGGGUGCGCAAUGGCACCGGCGUGAUUCGGCGAGAAGGUCGGCAGCUGUACUGGACCUUCGUCUCCUCUCAGCUUGGGUACUGGGCUGCUGCCAUGGCCUCUCCCACAGCCGGGCUGGUCACCAUCACGGCGGGCAUCCAAGACAUUGGCACCUACCACACCAUCUUCCUGCUCACCAUCCUGGCAGCCCUGACCCUGCUGGUGCUCAUCCUGCUGUGUCUGCUCAUCUAUUACUGCCGGAGGCGCUGCUUGAAACCAAGACAACAGCAUCGCAAGCUGCAGCUCACUGGGCCCUCUGAUGGGAACAAACGUGACCAGGCCACCUCCAUGUCCCAGCUUCACCUCAUCUGUGGGGGGCCUUUGGAACCUGCCUCUUCCGGGGACCCGGAGGCUCCACCACCUGGGCCCCUCCAUUCAGCCUUCUCCAGCUCUCGGGACUUGGCCUCCUCCAGGGACGACUUCUUCCGCUCCAAGCAGCGUCCGACCAGCCGCCCCUCCGCCGAGCCUCCGGGUGCCCGCGGGGGCGAGAACCUGGGGCUCAAGGGCGCCCGCUCCCUGGAGGGUCCCGGGGGGCUGGAGCCGGGCUUGGAGGAGUACCGGCGGGGGCCCUCCGGGGCUGCAGCCUUCCUGCACGAACCGCCUUCCCCGCCGCCGCCCUUCGACCACUACCUGGGCCACAAGGGGGCAGCCGAGAGCAAGACCCCCGACUUCCUGCUGUCGCAGUCGGUGGACCAGCUGGCGCGGCCGCCGUCCCUCAGCCAGGCCGGGCAGCUCAUCUUCUGCGGCUCUAUCGACCACCUCAAGGACAGUGUCUACCGCAACGUGAUGCCCACCCUAGUGAUCCCCGCACACUACGUGCGCCUUGGAGGCGAGGCGGGCGCGGCAGGAGCCGGCGAUGAGCCCACCCCACUGGAAGGCUCGGCUGCAGGUGGCCCCGCGCGCCCCUUCCCCCAGUCUGACCCCCAGCGCCCGCUGAUGCAGGGCCACUCGGGCGCUGGGGGCGAGGGGGCCGGGGGCGGCGGCGGCGAGGGCUGGGGGAGCGGGCGCUCGGCGCCGGUCAGUGGCUCAGUCACGAUUCCCGUGCUGUUCAACGAAUCCACUAUGGCGCAGCUCAACGGGGAGCUGCAGGCACUGACGGAAAAGAAGCUGCUGGAACUGGGCGUGAAGCCUCACCCGCGCGCCUGGUUUGUGUCGCUCGAUGGGCGCUCCAACUCCCAGGUGCGCCACUCCUACAUCGACCUGCAGGCCGGCGGCGGGGGCCGCAGCACCGACGCCAGCCUGGACUCCGGCGUCGAUGUGCACGAGGCGCGGCCCGCGCGCAGGCGCCGCACGGGCCUCUGCUCCCCGGAGGACAACUCGCUGACGCCUUUGCUAGAUGAGGUGGUGGCUCCCGAGGGCCGGGCGGCCACAGUGCCCCGGGGGCGCGGCCGCAGCCGUGGGGACAGUUCCCGGAGCAGCGCCAGUGAGCUGCGGCGCGACUCCCUCACCAGCCCUGAAGAUGAGCUGGGCGCAGAGGUGGGCGAUGAGACGGGCGACAAGAAGAGCCCUUGGCAGCGACGAGAGGAGCGGCCACUUAUGGUAUUCAACGUCAAGUAG